AUGAGUAGUAAUAAUAAUAAUAAUGGACAAUCAUCACUAAGUUAUUUAAUACCUAAAUCAACUAUACAAGAACAAGUAAGAGCAUGGUUAAAAGAGGAUAUACCAUCAUUUGAUUAUGGAGGUGCUGUUGUUGGUGACAAGAAAGAGGUUGCCUAUCUUUUAGGUAAACAACCUGGUGUAUUCUCUGGUACUGUAUUCUUUAAUGAAAUAUUUAUCAUGUUGGAUUGUGAAGUAAAAUGGAUAAUAAAAGAUGGAGAAGAAAUGAAUGGAGAUGCAAGUAAACCACAAAGAUUGGCAGAGGUGACUGGAUCAGUACGUAAUAUAUUGAUGGGUGAAAGAUUGGCAUUGAAUAUUAUAUCACGUUCAAGUGGUAUUACAACACGUGCAAGUGAGAUGAAGAAAUUGGUCGAUGCAAAGUGUUGGAAGGGAACGUUGGCUGGUACGAGAAAGACAACACCAGGUUUUAGAUUGGUUGAGAAAUACGCAUUGUUGGUCGGUGGUGUCGAUGGACAUCGUAUGGACCUCUCUUCAAUGAUCAUGCUCAAAGACAAUCAUAUUUGGAGUUCGGGUAAUAUCACCAACGCUGUGCACAGUGCCAAAUCAGUUGGUGGGUUUUCAAUCAAGGUAGAAGUUGAGUGUCGUAGUGAAGAUGAGGCUUGCGAGGCUAUGGAAGCUGGUGCAGAUGUCAUCAUGUUGGAUAAUAUGGUACCUGCCGAGUUGGCAACUGUCUCUCUAUCACUUAAAUCAAAGUAUCCACAUAUUGUCAUUGAAGCUAGCGGUGGUAUUGUCCCAGCCACCCUAACUAGAUAUGCUCUACCAACCAUUGAUAUCAUAUCUAUGGGUUCUCUAACUCAAUCAGUUCCACAUAUUGACAUUAGUUUAAAAAUUCAAAAGAAUUUACAUCAUCAACAACAAUAA